CAGCCACUGACCUGCCUCAGGCACUGCUGCCACAGCCCCUUGGCCAGCACAGCUCUGCUCCCCAGCUCGCAGCAUGGAAGCUUGUCACUCUCCACAGCAAUCCAAUGUCACUUCAUACGGGGCCACCACUGUGGCCAUCGUCACCCUGGAGGCGUUUGCUGGCAUGUGGAUAAACGCUUUCAUCGUUUGUGUGCUUUGCCUUGCCUGGGUCAAAAAGAAAACCUUGAACUCUAAUGAGAAGAUCUUGCUGCUGCUGGGAUGCACCAGGAUUUGCUGUUUGUGCUUCUCAUGGGCAUAUUUAUUUCUUUCAUUUAUUUAUCCCAAUUACCUUUAUGUUCACCCCAUACUUCAACUAGCUGUAUUUUUUAAUGCCUUUUUUGAUCAUUCCAACUUAUGGGUUUCAGCCUGUCUUUGUGGGUUUUAUUGUAUAAAAAUUGCCAAUUUCAGGAACAGCUUCUUCAUCUACUUGAAAGUCAAAAUUGACAGGAUGGUGCCCUGGCUCUUGUUGGGGUCAGGGAUUUUAGCUUUGACUGUUGGAAUCAUUGCCUACGACAUCGCUGAUAAACCGCACUGCAACAACCACAAUUCCACCGAACAAGGAAAUUUUGGGAAAGCAAAUAUCAAAAUGGAUAAACAUUUCUUCCCUUCUUUUUUUCUCUCUGGAUUUGGAUAUGCUGCUUCAUUCAUGGCAGUCAUCUUCUCUGCUGUUUUCCUUCUCUUUUCUCUCUGGACACACAAACGCAAGAUGCAGAAAAACUCCGUGAAGGACCUCAGCAUGGAUGCCCACAUCAGAGCCAUGAAAUCUAUUUUCUCCUUCUUAGUGAUGUACAGCAUCAACUUUGUAUGUUUGGUCUUAAAUAUGGUUUAUGUCACAAAGAAGAGAAGUCAUAUGUCAUUACUUAUUUUAGUAUUUCAGUACACUUUUCCAGGUUUUCACUCCCUUAUUCUGAUUUUCAGCAAUCCCAAAUUAGAAAUGACACUGCUAAAGAUUCUGCCCUUAGAAAGAUUUGUGAAGCGCAAGGUUUGCAUGAGUUAGGAACUGUAAUAAAAUCUGGAGCCCAUUCAAAAUUGUAAUAUUUUACUAUAGAAAACAAGU